AUGGGUCUCCUUGACGAAAUCUCAAAGCUGACAAACCCCGUAUCGGAAUUACCCGAUUUAGAAGACGACAAUCUAGAAGGUAGUACUUUUCUUCAAAAUAAUUCCCAAAAUUCCAGUUUUUCAGGCUCCAAAACGUUAAAAUCGACUGGAAAAGCGCGUGCCAACUUUGAUUUCGAGCAGGGAAAAUACGCGGGCACAGCCGUUUCCCGUAAAUCACUUUUCGGCGACAUUUCCGAAAUUAGCGGUUUGCACAACAAAAAUGCCGACGAUUCCGAAGAAUAUGACGACGAAGACGAGCAGGAAGAUGAAGAAGAAGUGGAGGAGGAAGAUGACGUGGACUCGGAAGCUUCUGACGCUUCGGAAAACGGAAAAAUUGGAGAAAGUGACGAAGGUGAGGUGGACGACGAAGAAGUUGUGGAAGAUGAGGACGAUGAGGGCGAUUCUGGAGAGACGAAGCUGAAAAUGACGACAUUGUCGCUGAACGAUGAUUCCGAUAAAGCUGACAAAGGUUCGUUGAUCUUUAACUUCUGAUUACUCAAUAACCAAGCAUAAUUUUCAGCUGCAAGUGUGCGCGGUCAACGUCAAGUUUGGGACGAUCUGAUGUACGGAAACAUUAGAGUGCACGCACUUCUCAACUCGGUCAAUCAGAUGCCACGUGGCGACGCGCGGAAGUCACUUCUGAAGAGUUCAGACGUGAAAACGAAGGAAUCGCUGAUGAACGCGCUUGCGAACAUGGCGAAACUGCGAAAUUCCAUACAAAAAGCCACAAACUAUUUUGGUAAAAAUGGAAGCGGUCAAGGAGAAAAUGAGGACGAUGAUGACGAAGAGAUUCCGAGCGAUGACGAUGAGGAAAUUCCGAGUGACGACGAAGGAAUGGACGACGAAGAGGAAGGCGAUUCUGGAGACGAUUCAGAAGACGUCACGCCUUCAGAAUCCGUCGGAACUUCUCUGAAAGCCCUGAAGAGUAAUUUAGGGAAGAAGGACGAGGGAAUCGACAAAUUCCGGGCCACGACCAUCACAAAAUGGUACAAUCGGACCAAGUUGAUCAGCCAGAAAUCGAUGAAUAACACUGAUUUUUCGGUUUUCGAGAAAGGAAGUAUUCUUGGACAAAUCCAGAAGGUUUGUGAUCUGUAAUCUUUCGAAGUUUGUUCUCUAUUCCAAUAUUUACAGGUGAUUGCUGACGAGGAAAAACUGCUGAAAAAAGUGCGAACGAAUCGGAGCGGCCGCGUGCGAAUCGGCGCCUCUCCGUCGGAGGCCAUCGACAACGAGGUGUUCGACGAUUCGGACUUCUACCAGAUUCUUCUGAAGCAGAUGCUCGAGUCGCGAAGCCAAAGCACCGCACAGGACGGCGCGGAUAUGACGAGAAGCUACAUGGAGUUGCAGAGCAUGUUCCAGUCGAAGAAGAAGAGGGACGUCAGCCAGUUGUCGUCCAAAGACCGCCGGUUGAAGUACGAGCCCAUCGCGAAACUCGUCAAUUUUUAUCCGUCGAAACCGUCCGUUGUGACGUGGAGCCACGAGUCGAGAAAUGAACUCUUCAAGUCCCUUUUCUCAUGA